CAGGGCUGGUCUGGAACUAAACUCAACCUGGCAACCUUGCAUAGCGCCUGCGCCGUGCGGUUUCUGAAACGUGUUAUAGUACUUCACGGCUCUAAAAGCCGCCUUGGAUUUAUUCCCUUUAACUGGAGGAUGGUUGCUGAACGAUCAGAGGAGACAUGGAUCUAAAAUCCGAGCUGCUUAAGUCCAUCUGGUACGCGUUCACCUCGCUGGAGGCCGAGCGCAGCGGCAAAGUGUCCAAGUCCCAGCUGAAGGUGCUGUCUCACAAUUUAUACACAGCCCUGAACAUCCCUCAUGACCCUGUAGCCUUAGAGGAGCAUUUCAAGGAUAAUGACAAUGGACCCGUCUCUGAUCACGGCUAUAUGCCUUAUCUCAACAAGUAUAUUCUUGCAAAGGCUAUUGAGGGUACAUUUAACAAGGAGAUAUUUGAUGAGCUGUGCUGGACAAUGACUGCUAAGAAGAACCUCAAGCCUAGUAUUCAGCAGGGAGUGUGUUCACAAAGUGACUGCUUCAAGCUUUUCUGUCUGUUUAAUUUGCUCUCUGAGGACCAUUAUCCUCUUGUCAUCGUCCAACCUGAGGUAGAGUACCUGCUGAAGAAGAUUUCCACUGCUAUGAGCCAGGAGUGGGAUGGGAAGGCACUGGAGUAUCUGCUAUCCCAGGAUCCUUCUUUGCAGGAUGGCCUGUCUGUGUGGAUGUUUUUGGAGCAUCUCAGCGCAGGGCACCUUAUGAGGGUGGACAGUAAGGAGGCCUUCAGCCUGGCACUGGACGACCUCUUCAUGGAGAUGUAUCACAAUGUACUGAAGAAGGGUUACAUGCUGAAAAAGGGGAAUGUACGUAGGAAUUGGAAUGGGCGCUGGUUUGUGCUUAAGCCAGGCAGCUUGGCCUACUACAUUAGUGAGGACCAGAAAGAGAAAAAGGGAGAGGUCCAGCUGGAUGGGAGCUGUGUGGUAGAGGUGAGUUCUGUUGUAGUCCAUUGGCUCUGUUCUAUUGCAAUCACUUUCUUUUACAAUCUUUUUAUAGUUCUUAAAAAGAACAGCAUCACCAAUGAUGGGCCCAAUGAUGGAUAUGUGGAUGGAAGUUUGUAUGUAUGCAUUAAUUGCUUGUCACUUGUUUCUACCAUGCCUGAUAAAGAGGGGAGACGCUGUUUAUUCUGUGUGAAGACUCCUGGCAGGACAUAUGAGAUGAGUGCUUCAGAUCAGAAACAGAGAGUGGAAUGGAUUCAAGCUUUGCAAACAGCUCUCCGGCUCAAGACAGAGGGGAAGAGCUCAUUGCAUCAGGAGCUAAAGCUGCGCAGACGAGAGCUACGGGAGUACAGUCAGAGAAACGAGAGCCAGAGCAGCCAAAGUGGUCAGAGAAGCAAUAGCCAGAGCAACCAGGGUGAACAUAGUGCUGAAGUCGAGGAGCCCAGCUCUGUGACUCAACACGGAGAACCAGAGAGCAAGGAACCAGACCUUGAAAUCAUAGACAUCAUCCAGCAACACCUAGAACUGGAGGUGCAGCGCAAAAAGGAGGAUGAGUGGGAGAAAGAGAAGCAGAAGGAGAGGCAACAAGAGUUGGAGAGACAGCUGGAGGAAGCCAACAAGGCCAGAGAGGACAUGGAGACUGCACUGGCUAAAAUGGAAAGGGAGGUGCAACAGCAAAAGAAGAGAUUACAGGAGCUGGAACUCAUGCAGCAGAAACUGGAGGAGGCACUCAAUACACAGAUUCAGGCCCGCUUAGAGGAGGAGAAAGUCCGUCAUGAGCUCGAGAGGCUACUGGAGGAAGAAAGGGGGAAGCUGACUGAGUUGAUGCUCCAUCAGAGACACUUGGAGAGUCAUGAAUGUGCAGAAACAACCCAAGAGAAAACACUUGAGCCCCAAAAAGAUGAGGAUAACAUACUCCAUCCUGCAUCUUCUGUGAUCCCUCCAUCCUCUAGCCCCCAACUACCAUUGUGUCCAGCCCAUGCCAUUGCAGAAACAGUGGAAACACAUCAAUACAAUGUGGAGAACGUGUCUGAGAAUUUUUCUAAAGCCCAAAAUAUCAGACAAUGGAACGUCCAGCUCAACCGCCUUAUGAAGCCGAUCACACCAGCAGACAAAUUGGAGCGUUUCCCUGUGAGAACCAACUAUCCCAAACACGGCCAGGCACUCACCAGCACAGAGUUUAUUGUGAAGUACCAAUCAACAGUCACUGAAGCGGAAUCCUCCAACAGUCAGCCACGAAAGACAGAAGAGGAUGUGGGCAUACAAGAACCAAUCCCUGCGUCUCGGGUUGAGGAACCACAGAAAACCAGAGAGCAGUUUGAGCAUAGCAAAGGCUUUGCAUAGUGACACUGAAACAAGCUCAACAAGUAUACAUUUUGUGAGAAUUGUUAAUGGUUGUAGCAGCCUUACCAUGUUACACAAGUGAAUAGCGGCUGUAGAUCUAAAUGUUUUGUUUUGUUUUUUUUAAAUGUAAUUAUAGUAUUUGCAAAAAUGUUAAGCGUGUGCACGUGUGUGUGCCAAACACAUAAUGCAAUGUUAUUUAUUUCCCAAGACACAAACACUCAUUUAUUUACAACUAUUUCACUAAAUCCAGACAAUACUCAUUUCUAUUCCAAGUUUUCUUUUUGUCAGCUCUGUCAGUGACACCUGACUCAUUAGGAGCUAGAAUUGAAUUGACCUUCAAAUCAAUUCUAGGAAAAAAAUUUUUUUUAAAUAAUGUGUAUGCAGCAAUACAAUGUAUAUCAAUAAUAAUGAAAAGUGUUAAAUUAUAACUGCUAGAUUGUUCAACCAGGCUUUAAUAAUGUCUUCCUUUAGUAUAUUCUUGUUAUAUAAUCUGGUGCAUGUCACACACCGCGUGUUUCCCGUUUCACUAUUUAUUAUCUAAAUCAGCAAGUUACACUGCUCGAGUUAUACAGAACCAUGAUGGUGAGGAUUGAAUUCAGUUGUAACCAACCCGCCCCCCCCCCCCC